AUGAGUGCAGCUGCAACAAACCACUUCGGCAACAAGGGCGAGUAUGUUGUUGAGUUGACCACGUCGCGCAUCUACUCUGACCAUGAAGAAUCCCAGGAUGGUACGAACUCAGUCUACCGCGCCACGCCGGCCGACAAACGUGACAUGCGGCGGAUGGGUCGCAAGCAAGAGUUUAUUCGCCAGUAUCGUCUCUUUUCCAUGAUUUCGUUUGUUGCCAUUGCGACUUGCGCCUGGUCUCUCAAUCCUUUCGCUGCCACUCCUGCAUUGGUCGACGGUGGUAUACCUAGCAUGAUCUGGUCCAACGUCUGGUACUUAAUCGGCUACAUACCCGUCAUUCUCAGCAUAGCCGAAAUGUCUAGCAUGGCCCCUAUUGCCGGUGCCCACUAUCACUGGGUCUCCGAAUUCGCACCUGAAAACUGCCAGCGGAUCCUCAGCUACCUCACUGGGUCGGUGACAUCCUCGAAACUACCCCGCAUCAUGUUCUUGACUAACAUGGCUCUGCAGUUGGACUUCCACUCUGGCCUGGCAGGCUGGGAACGCGACUGUAAGGAUGUGGCCCUAGACAAGGAUAGAGAACAUAGUGUGGAAGUUGGUUAUGCAGGCUACCGCUGCGCGGUGCGGUCUGAUGGGUGCAUGCAGCAGAUUGAAAGGCAACGUGGGAGAAUCUUGGAUCUGUUGAUUUGCAGACAAAGGUUCUCGGUGACGGUGGUAAUGGUACGGAGUGCUCCUGCGCGGAAACCCGAACCCUGGUCAUGCUAA